CGCCCCACCUGCAGGAGGGCUCCUCCGCCCGGAGGCGCCGCCGCCGCCGCGUACCGGAGCGUUAUCUGGCACGUGUGAUGCUGCUCGUUAACUGAUGUGAUGUCACAGCUCUGUGCGCUUCUGGAUUUGGCUGAAGAAGAUGGCGGCCUCCUCAGGAGUUAAAGUUCCACGCAAUUUUCGCCUUUUGGAAGAGCUCGAAGAGGGACAGAAAGGGGUCGGCGAUGGCACAGUCAGCUGGGGCCUUGAGGAUGACGAAGACAUGACUCUUACACGGUGGACAGGCAUGAUCAUUGGACCAGCAAGAACUAGUUUCGAGAACAGGAUAUACAGUCUGAAAGUGGAAUGUGGACCUAAAUACCCAGAAGUAGCCCCGACUGUUAGAUUUGUAACAAAAAUUAGCAUGAAUGGGAUAAAUAAUUCCAACGGGAUGGUGGAUUCACGUAGCAUACCAAUAUUAGCAAAGUGGCAAAACACAUAUAGCAUUAAAAUUGUUCUUCAAGAGCUAAGGCGUCUAAUGAUGUCCAAAGAAAAUGUGAAGCUUCCACAACCACCAGAAGGACAAACCUACAGCAAUUAAUUGUAACAGAUUGUGUUGCCCCUCUGUUGUAAAACCUUACUCUCUUAGAAAUAUUGUGUAAAUCUUCCAAGAUACUCACUUUGCACAUCAGCGGUAUCGUCGGCGGGAGCAAAAUUGGACUCUUAUUACUUUGCUCUUUCAAAUAAUGUCCUGGCAGUUAAGCACUGAAUAGAUAGAUAACACUUCCAAGUGCACAGUUAUCCCCCCUUGAUCAGGGUUCCUUUGACCAUAACCUUUUAUUUGACAUGUUCCAAUGUAACUUGGCUUGAAGAGGGAAGCAUGGCACCGUACAUCGCUUGAAUCCCAAGUCCCAACAGUUUUACGUUCAAAUGACUGCUGGCUGCAGCACGUGGCAGAGGAGUGUGUAUGAUGGCAUGUUCUGUAACUAAUAAAUAGUUGAGGAAAGGACACAUUUUUGAAUUUCUAGUUGUAUUUAGCGGAAUCAUUGAACACAGAUUGAUAAAUACCGAACUGUGGCUGUAGUCUAAAAAGUAGUAUCACAAGGUGAGAAAGUUUUUUUUUUUAUACAUAUAAAUAUAUCUGUAUUUGACACGAUACCAACAUGUUCUCCAGUUCUUUGACAUGUAACAGACGUUGAAGCCUGUUCUGAUCUGAAACCCUCGCAUUUAACUUCUAGUGAAAAUGGCAGGUGUAUGAUCUUGUGAUUUUCUGAAAUUAAAAUCACUGUCUGCAA